AAGCAGAAUAUUGUGGAUGUGUCGUUUGCUGUAAUUAUAAAAGAUAUAGAUGUUGUGUUUAAACUUAUGAAAGAUUUUGAUGAUGAUACCACUGAUAUAAUGAAAGAGAUGGCAAAUUCAACGCAACUGUUGGACUUCUUAAAAAGCAUAGAUGAUGAUGUGCGCAAUCUAAUUGAUGCGGUAGAAGAUAUAUCCGAAUCACAUGUACAAGAAUCAACAGUGUCAGCCCUAAUAGAGACUAAAAAGUUCCUUCACCCAAUCUUCAAACACCACGAAGACGGUGGUGAUGUGAUCGGGUUUCUACAUUGUGUCCACAAGCAAAUCAACAAUUUAAAAGAUUUAAAAACAUUUCCAGCAAAAGUUUCUGAAUGCAUGAAUAAUUUACACAAUUUGAAGUCUUUGUACAAGGGUGUUGCUAACAGAGGUGAGCAGACACGAGAUAUCAUAAAAAGUAUAAUAACGAAAGGCAUAUUUGAGUUUGAUUUACAAAGUAACCAAGUUACUGUUAUGGCUACUUACAAGGAAAACAAAGUCAAGCACCCUAAAUCCGAAACGUCUUUGGUUGACUUGCGUAGUCGAGCGCUUCUGUUACUCAACACUGAACGACAGUUAGAAAAGAGCAACGUCAACCCAAUGGAAUUAAAAACUUUUGUCAGCAUUAUUGAUCUUUGCCUUGGCAUAAAGGAUACACUUUUAUCAUUACAUUCUUCAGGACACAUUGACUAUUUAUCUUAUAAAAAGAAGAUCGGACGAGAUGAAUUGGACAAAGAAAUCAGAAACCUGAAAAGUCGUCUUAAAAUGUGGAAAUCAGAACUAUUAGAGUGCAGGCGGGAUUAUUAUUUGAUGAACUAUUUAAAUGGAAGUCAGAUUCACCGCCUUUACGACUUCCUUGAAAGAUCAACAUCCGGAGAUGAUGUGAGCACAUUCCUUAAAUUUAUUCAUCCAAAGUUGUCAUCAGGACUUAUAAAAACAAUAUAUGAUCAAACAGGAAUUGGGGCUCAUGGCUUUUUGUCGCACAUUGGACGUUGCCUUCAUACCGUUUAUAAGGAUCUACCAUCUAGUUUGUACAGAAGGGCUCUGACAGAUAUAGAAGAAACUUCAAACACAUUAUCGGAUGUUGUUCACGAAGGAAGACUAAUGCUUUUGAAUCUUGAAGAAAAUAGUGAUUUUGUUGCGCGAACACUAAUGGCCUUGUAUUACAAUACAUUCAAGAGUCUUCCAGAACCAUCACAAGUUAUGUUUUGUUCAGGUGAAACUUCAUGUGAUGACAUAGACCUGUUUCUGGGAAGAUGUCUGUGUUCAAAAAAGUUUUUUGGACAUGCACCUUUGUUUUGCGUUGCUUAUGUUGAGAAAUUACCAAAUGAAUUACAGUUCCAUUUGGUAGACAGACUUAGGGACUUAGAAAACGUUGAUGAUUUCAGAUUGUCAGUGAUAUGUAGGGGAUCAAAGAACCACCCAUUCGUAGAUCAGUUAGCGGAAUAUAUGUCGGCUGUACAGCCUGUGUCAGACAAUUUAUUCUCUACGAUCUUACAACAGAUAUAUCCACAAAUCACAACCUUCACCUCUGAAGUGGCAGGUUUGGGAAAAUCAACUGUAAUAUCAAAGACAGCCAGAAAGGAACGAAAGAGCAUCAUCACUGUUCAUGUAAGUGGUCAGAUAAAUAGAGAUGAUUUCGUUGUAAAUCUCAAAUCACUUAACAUUAAAGAGCAUCAUGUAAUGCAUUUGGAUAUAGGAAGUGUGGAUGACCCUCGAGAAUUGGACACACUGGUAUUUGAAUUGUUGGUAUUAUCAUACGUUUCUGCUGGCACCACUGCCUACUGCUUACCUACAACAUCAGUGUACAUAGAAAUUGCAAACACAAUUAAUAAUACUUUAAGGAAUUCUUUACCAACAACGACUGCUUUUAAAAGGAUACAUUUGAAUUGGACUCAUUUCGAUGACUUCACAGCAAGCAGGGAAUUGUUUAGUGCAACUCAGAUUGUGUGCCAUUACCUCAAGGCUCUUGACCAAAAUUACUUAGACACGCUCGAAAUUCAUUUUCAGGGAGCUGAUGCUGUUAAACCUUUAGCAGGAAAUGAAUGCAGAAAACUUCUCAGGGGACAUUUAAAUAUGUCCUCAGACAUUUCUUAUUCAAUUGUGCAUACAUUCCUGAAUGUUUUAGCAGAUCAACUGAAGAAAUUUUCUGCAAGUGUAUAUUUCAGAAUAUCCAGCAUUUCCGACAUGCUUGGAUGCCAACAUGUCGGUUCCGUUAGAAGUUGCUUGAUAAAGGCUAUGGUAGAGGUUGCAAGAGAAUUUGCAUCUAGGUCUGUGAAUGCAUGUCGGUCGACGCAAAGCAAUGCUACGGAUGACAGGUCCAAAACGAAUACUGAUCUCGCCACAAAGUUAGUGAACAGAACGGACAGUAUGAUAAGAUGGGAGGAAAGUAACCAUUUGAUAUAUGUGUUUCACAAUCAGAAUAUUCAAACGCUUUCUCCGAUGUAUCGUGAAAAGCUGAAGGUUCCUGGGCAUAUACUGAAGCUGUUUCAGACGCAGAUGAACAAAGAACUGGAAAAUUACGAUCAAAAAAACCAAUCUCAAUUGCAAGAUAUUUUGCAACGUGUUGCCAGAAAAGACCCAUCACCGAUUUCGAAAUGCAUAUUGAACAAAAUGUGUGACCAGUACGCCUUAACACCGGACAACCUUCUAAAAAUGGUUUUGAUUAUGCUACGGAUACAGGCUAAUGUACCUGUUGUCGUCAUGGGAGAAACGGGUUGUGGAAAAACCUCCUUGAUCAGAUAUCUUGCAGGUAUAUGUGAAAUUUCUUUUAGUGUUGUGAAUAUUCAUGCUGGUACAACCAAGCAGAAUGUGAUAAAGUCUGUGUUGUUAGAACAUGAACUAUGUUUACAAACUCCGUGCGUUCAAAGAUGGUUGUUCUUGGAUGAAAUAAAUACAUCGGAAUGUAUUGGGGUUAUAUGUGAUAUAAUAUGUCAUCACACAUGUAAUGGGAAGCGUCUUGCUCCAAAUCUUGCAAUAUUAGGAGCCUGCAAUCCUUACAAACUUCGAACUGUGGACUCAAUAAAUACAGCUGGCCUGUCUUCGAAAGUGAAAACGGAUGAUCUCUCCAAAUUAGUGUAUCGAGUUUUGCCCUUACCAGAGAUGAUGGUAGACUUUGUGUGGGACUUCGGAAGUUUGAGUGAUACAGACGAACAAAGAUACAUUAUUAGAAUGACAGAAUCGAUGUUAAAGUCUGGUUUCAAAAUGCAAACAUUACUUUCUGACAUGCUGUGCAUAUCUCAAGCAUUUGUUCGAAAUGAAGAAAAGUCGUCAUUCGUGGUCAGCCUUCGAGAUGUCAACAGAUGUAUCCGUCUUGUUUCAUGGUUUGUUAAUGUACUUUCGAAAAACUCGUCGCUGUUUUCGAAUACUUUAACUGUGAACAAUGAAGUAAAGGCCAUUAUUCUUGCUCUUACUCAUUGCUACCACAGUCGCUUUACUGACAAAUCAUCUCGACUCUUGUAUAGGGAACGGCUGGCUAUUCCUUUGAUAAAGCAGAAAGUGGGAAUAAAAACAGCAGCUGAUAUACAUGACAUUAUUAAAGAUGCUCAAAGCGAUUUCUUGAACAGAAUGGAUUUGCCACCUGGAACUGCAAAAAACACAGCACUGAAAGAAAAUGUGUUUAUGAUUUUGGUCUGCAUUCUGAACAGAAUUCCGAUAUUUGUAGUAGGUAAACCAGGCUGCAGCAAGUCAUUGGCCAUACAAGUUAUUCGCAGUAAUUUGAGAGGAAAGGAUUCAAAAGAUGACUUCUUCAAGACGCUUCCACAGCUACAUUGUGUGUCAUUUCAAGGCUCAGAAUCAUCAACCUCAGACGGAAUCUUGAAAGUCUUUGAAAAGGCCGAAAGGUACCAAGAGUCAAACACCAAUGAGGAUGUUCUUUCUGUUGUUAUUCUUGAUGAAAUUGGACUUGCUGAAAUAUCGAGAUUUAACCCAUUGAAAGUAUUACAUAAUCUUCUUGAACCUGACGGAAAAUCUGUCCCAAAUGUAGCGGUUGUUGGUAUAUCAAAUUGGGCGCUAGAUGCUUCUAAAAUGAACAGAGCAAUACAUCUUUCAAGGCCCGACAUGGACGAAGAAGAACUUUUUGAAACAGGAAAAUCAAUAUGUCUGUCAUUCAUUGAGCAAAUACAAACUGCAAAGCCAGGACUCUUUGCAAAUGAACUAAAUAGUAAAAUGGCAUUGUCUGACAUACUUUCAGACUUGGAAAAUAUUGCAUUGGCAUAUGUAAGCUAUACAAAAAAGCUUCACUUUAAGAAUUUUCACGGUCUGCGCGACUUUUAUGCUCUGGUAAAAUACAUCGCAAAGCGUCUUUCGAAAGAAACCAUGGUGACUGUGGAAACGAAAUCACAUGCAAUAAUGGAAGGGCUCCAACGCAAUUUUGGCGGACUCAAAAGUGAACGUCAGCGUUUGCUGGCUGAAUUCCAGGCCUGUGUUUCAUCAACCGCACCUAACUGGCAUGUUCCCGCGCUUAUAAAAGAAAAUAUACAAGACACAAUUGCUAGGCAUCUGAUGGUUAUAACAAGCGGUGAAUCAGUAUUGGGUCUUAUUGACCAGAUUUUAAGAGAGGCUGACAGAAGCAAACCGGAAAGGAUAUUUGGUAGCCAGUUUGAAGAAGAUUUGACCGAUGAUUACCAUUACAGGAUUCUAAGCAGAAUUAUUUUGUGCAUGGAGCAAGGAGUGGUUUUGAUUCUCAGAGAUCUAGAGCAUAUUUAUGGAAGCCUGUACGACAUGCUCAAUCAGAAUUACACUAGAAUCGGAAAAAAGAACAAUUGUCGAGUCGCCCUUGGACCACACAGUAAUCCAUUUUGCCAUGUUGCGGACUCAUUCAGAUGUAUCGUGCUUGUAGAAGCAACUAGAUUGGAUCUUACUGAUCCGCCAUUCCUGAACAGAUUUGAAAAACAGUUCUUGUCCUUUGCGGAUAUUUUAUCAGAGCAUCAAACUGGUCUCGUUCAGAGAUUGAAACUGUGGGUUGACCAUAUUAGUAUAAUUAAAGGACGAACGUUCUCGAGAGAUGACAUUUUCCCUAUAUAUAGCGAUGAGCUGCUAGUUUCCAUUGUUUUAUCAGUUUCACAACUUGAAAAAAAUGAUGACAAUGAUGACAGCAUUUUCAUAAAAUGCAAACACCUACUGAUGUGGAUUAUUAAACCUGAAGCUGUUUUGCGGAUACAACAUGCUGAGGAUUCACUUAUUCGAAUGGCCAGCAGUGGCAUUAUUCAGGAAUAUUUCGAAUUGCCACUGCAUGAAGGACUCGAAAAUUUGAUAAAGUUUCAUAGAGCCCAAAGUGACAGGUCCAUGUUCCAGGAUACCAUGUGCACGGAAGACAAUAUAUCCACUCCUACCCGUUUGUGUAUUGUGUUUACAAAUAGCAAUAUCCACACGCGCAUACCAGAAAACCUACUAGAUGUAAAAAUCCAAACGGAAAAAUUGGGCGCCUUCAAAUCGGAAAAACAACUUUAUAGUAGAUUGCAAGAAUUUUGGAGUAGUGAAAAGAAUGUGCUUUUGAUCCACUGUCACGCGGUAGACGAUCAGCGACACCUUACUUUAACAAUGACCUCAGUGAACAAAUUUCGUGAAGAAAAAAAUGAACUCAGUCAGUUGACGACUUUUAAAUUUGUUUACAUGAUUCUACACAUGAGUACCAAGGUAUUGCAAGGAACAGCUUCACCGUCAGAAGUUCAAACUCAUCCAUUAGGAGAAAUUAAUUUCUUAUCUGGUUGGGAUCUAGUUACCCUGGAGAGUUUGAUUAAACCAGUCUUCCCACUUCCGCAGUUGUGUUCGCACACUUUAAAGGGUGCAGUACAGAGCAUGCGUCCACUGAAUAAGGUCAUUCAGGAAAAUUUGUUCUGGUGUUUCUCAAGAAUUCGGUAUGGUCGAAGAAGUAGAAAUAUUGAAAGUGUUUCGAAAGUUAUACGUACAAUAGAAUCAUCUGAACAAUUCUUGAGUGUUCUUGAGGAAAAAAUUAUGGAUUACAUAGAGGAAACAACGGAUGGCAAUUGCAAUGAAGGAUGGUUUAGGAUUAUCGCGAACGAUAUCAAUGCGUUAAAUACCAGCGCAACUCUCUUAGAUGCUUUGAUGAAGCAUAUUGAAUUGACAAUUAAAAUGCCACUUGCAAAACUGAUAUUUAAAUUAGAAGACAUCGGCGCGUUGGACAGUUUUUUCGUUAACGACGCAAGAUCGGAGUUACGUCGGGAAUACUGGCUGUCCAUGUUUAACAAUGAGAAAUUUUCAGUUGUUAAAAGCCAGGAUGAAUCUGGACCAGAGAGUUUCCAGUGCACAAUACCUGACCUGUCUUUAGCCAUGCCAUUUAGUAGGCAAAUAUUUAUGGACAUCGAGUCUACGAAAGAUAUAUUUUUGAACGAGGUACGCAGCGCAAAAGCAAAAUGUAACAUUGAAACAGAUGACGAACUUCCUCCGGAAGUAAUGAGUGAGCUGAUUAAUCAGCACAAAGACAUAAUAUCUUCGAAAAUUAGAUUAUGUGAGUGGAUGGGAUACAUCAGAAAUUUCUUUUUGGAUGACUACGUAGAGGACUACUGCAAUCAGUUGUCGUAUCAAUGUUGCUAUGGACUGAACCGAUCGUUAAGAAUUGAAUGUACAUCUUGGGCAAUUAAUCAAAAACUCAAAAUCAGUAAACUUUCGCAACAAUCACCCUUGGAAGCAAUUGCAUUGUUGCAUUGUAUUGGCUGGGUACAUAUGCCGCAGAUUGGUUCAUUUUUGCAUAUGUGCAGUGUGUUUGUGAAUGCUUUUCCCUCUGCUGACAGUCCAAUUAAACUUUUUACGUUUGCGCAUUCAGAACCCAUUGAACAGCCGACACAAUUACUUGACCAGUUGGCAGAACAGCAUAUAGACCAUGAGCAUGACGAAAUUGAUUCACUUACAAUGAAAAGUACUAUUGACCAUGAAACUGAAUUGCAAGCUUACACGGAUACCAUAAGUACAGAAGCAUUACAAAAGUGUGUUUCAUUUCUGUGCUCGUAUGCAAUACCAACAAAAGAAAAUCACCCUGAUUUAUCGAAUUAUACACAGUGGGAAAACAUUUUCAAAAAUCUCGUUCUAGCUUCUAGAAGCAUUUCGGAUUCUUCAAAAGAAUAUCAAUCAUUGCGUCUGUGCAGCGACAUUUACGAUUUGGCAGUAGUAAAGAGCAAUGUUACAAUGGGUUUGCUUUUUGGUCUAGGGGCGGCAUUGAAGGAACACGAACUUGACUCUACCUUUGUUUCGUCUACGAUAGCAUCUAUUAUUGAAUCUGUUCGUUCAGUGGAUGAUAAUCAGGCUUUGUACAGAAUAACCCGGCAGUACCUGAACAGUUGCCUCCUCUUAAACGAAAGAACGAAUUUUUCUUUUCUCUUGGAGCUGUUGGAUAGCGGCACGAUUCCAUUGAGUGAUAUACAAUUGAUAAAAGUUUCAUUGGAGAUAAGAAUCGACUUAGCAACAGAGGAGGAUAGGGAUGUGUUGACACAAAUUAUUAUGAAUGACGCAUUUUCAGAAACACAUGAUGAUUGCUUCUUCACACAUUUAGACAAAUGUGUCCAAUCUAUAUUUCAAAGAACAGGAACUAUCGGGUCAUUUGAAGUACUUAUAACAGACUUGAUAGAAGCCCAGUUUGUAAACAAUUCUGAACAGUUUGAUUCUGAUUUAAUAUUGGCCUGUGGAAGGAUAUUUCAGACAAGGGAAGAACGCCCAGUUGGCAUACAGUUUCUGACGGCAAUUGCAUACAUUCGUGCUGUUAUACGCCAUCUUUCAGUAGACGUUCUGUCUGUUGAUCCUUUGUUUGAGACGUUUGUAACCGUUUUGUCUGGACUUGAAAAUAACAAAAUUGGCCACAAGAUCUUUAUUUUAUUUCUGAAAUAUUUUGCAGCUGAUAAAAGCAUAUCAGAUGUCAUGCAUUUGUACACAAAAUUGAGUGACCAAACAACACGUGGACAGAUAUGUCAAUGGACUAGUGGAUAUUUUCACACAUGCUCUGAGUUUAAUACUCUUGUCUAUCAUAACAGAACAGACGUAUUGAAUGAGGCAAACGUGUAUUUUCAAUCUGACGAUAAAAGACCAAAACAGUUUACGUCUUAUUUGGUAAAGUCUUUGGAGAAAACGCACACAGCCUUACAACCUCUGCUUGCAUUUACCCUUGCCGUGAAGGAAUUUUAUUUGCCAGCGUAUAUAAAAGUGACCGAUGACACAAGCAAAUCACUCGCACAACCAUUUGAAGAGGUGUUUACGAAGUGUCUGUCGCAAGAACAAAACAGUUUUUUGAAAUGUGUUUUAGGGCUCCAUGAUUUUGCCGACGAACGCUUGAUGCAUGGUCCUGAAACAAACUACCAACAAUUUGUGUUGAAUUCAGUUCUGGUCUCUUCAUUCGCAUUGGCAUUGUCUUGCCAGUACUCUAAGGAUGAAACGCACACCUUGCCUCCAAUUACCCAGUGUCUUGUUUGCCCGUUGGAAGAAAGCACCCGGUAUUUCACAGACAUGACAGAUUCUUCACCAACGCACUCUUUUCAUUGUGUUGAUGAAAAAAGUGACCCGAUGUAUCAUUGCACAUGUGGCAAUACAAUUGUGUUCCAUGUUAGACAUCCUUACUCAAAGUGCAUGCUCUGUGGCUCUGAUGUUGAUUUACAAACUAUUGUUAAGGGGACAAAUACAGGCAAUUCAAGUCCAAAUUCUAUGGCUAAUAAAACACUGUCUUCCACUGCUAAAGAAGUUCUUGGAUUUUUAGCUAAGGGCGAAAUCGUGGGAUCGAUUGCGUUGAGAUUCACAACAUCCGAGGAGGUUGUACCCUUAUUGGCAGGAGUCAACAGUUAUCCAUCUUUAAAUAGUUGCAAUGUUUUGUGGGAGAAUCUACAUCAACAUUGGGCAAAUGUAAAGGAAAUGCUCAAUUUGGAGGAUUUUGAAACAGGCAUAUUCUUCCAUUUAGUCAUGCGGAAUGGCAAUGAACUUUUGUUUAGGAGACGUUUAAGCCUACAAAAUCAGAGUGAACGGUUGAGAUGGGAAUCAGAGUUUGAAAAGAUCGUUGAAGCUGUUGAAAAUAACAUAUUGAACGAAAUCGCUGCCUUUGUGAGGGAAAGUGACACUAAAUUCGGUUUAGAUCCAACUUCAAUUGAACUUCAAAUUCGUGAAGCUGAUCAGGCGUGUAACGAUGAGUUACAUACGUUAUUCAGAGUGACACGGUGUGCUGGUAAAGUCGACUUUGUACGACAACUCUGGAGACAAAGAUUACGAUUUCCAUUUCUGCAAUAUGUUGUAGAGAAUGAAAAUGUUCUUAAACUUCCGGAUCAUAUUCACAGCAUUAUUCAAUGGCACAUGUCAGUGGUCGCUAAUAUUAACUAUACCUUGAAACGGAACGAAUGCUUUGAAAUGACAGUGAACGAAUACCAAAACCGUUUGAGGGAUACAAAUGCUAAAUCUGCAAGUAAAAAGAGGUUCAAGAAUUUCAAAGAAUCGUGGAAUGUAUUGGCACUAGAAUAUCCAGAUUUGAAAAUCAAUAAAAUCGACAUAUCAAGCAAAAUGGCUGAAUGCUUGAUUUUCGAUUCAGAUGGAUCUAUAUCAAAAGUGUUGAAGUGGUUAGUUAACACACAAAAUAAAUUGAUCAGCCAUGCACUACAUUUGUCAAAAGACUGCACUAGUUUGCAGUUUCUAUUACGAUCACCCGACGUUUCAUGUUGUCGCAGUGUACCAAUAAGCGAAGUUAGAAAGGAAGAUUUAGUUGCCCUUAAUGACGAGUGGUUUAUUGGGUUCAUUAUUGAGGAAUCGCAUUGUGGUCUUCAGUAUGGGCAUGGACGACAAAUAGAAUAUGAUUUCAUUAAUAUUGAAAAACGACUUGCUGAAAAACUGUUGUUCGCUAAAGCAUUCGUGGUUUUCAAUGACCUUCCGCGAAUCGUGUUCAUUGAUGAACUGUACCGAAACUUUUUAACUCUGGUUAAAGAAGUUUGCGAUUCUAUUGAGCAGUCACCACUGCCAAUCGACUUGGAAGAAUCAAUUAAAAGAAAAAGUGAGGAUAAUAAAAGUCUUUCAGUUGAGUUACUGAACAGUUUAGACAUGAUCAUGACUAUUCUUAAACACACUCAGUGUAACCCUUAUAAACCGUUGAUAGACUUCGUAAAUGAAAGAAAAUCUGUUGCACGGGGCUUUCCGACUCAUCAUUUGCCAAGUCCUGAAAGCAGGCUAGUCGUUGGACAUGUUAUAUCAUUUCACGAGUUUCUAGAGGAAUUGAGUGCCGAACGCAUUAUCGAAGGUUUGAGCGACGAAUAUCAUUCGGAGUUGGACGGUGAAGCAGUUAAUCACUUGACAAGUAUUCAGAACAUCAGGAUAGCGGAACUAAUUUUAAAAGCGAUCAAACGACUCACUUACAGAUGUAUUUUUAUGAGUAAUGUUCCAAAAGACCAGACCCUUAUACAGUUCCUGUCCGAGCCUUCGUUUUGGCCCUCAGGUGUGUUUCAAAAUAAUCGCAUAGUAAUUGACGGACAGGAUGAAGAUAUUGCUGAAUUAUUUCCACAAGCCGUUACGAUAUGUCAUGUUGGGACGGUGUGCCAAAUAUUGGCUGAUAUCCUUGAGAAUCUAAAACAGGGUGAAGUGAAGAUAAAUAGGGUAAUUACGAGCUGGAAGUCAAAAUCAGAGCAGACACAGAAAAAACCAACUCCGAAAAAAGCUUUAAAGAAACUUAAGGGUUUUUAAAGCGUCGGACACAGUGCAAGACGUACAUACUGGUGAAAGCAAGACGUACAUACUGGUGAAACUGUUGUGUUGAAUUGUCAAUGUCGUUCGGAUCUUAUUGGAAACAAGUUGUCAGAUAAUGUGAAGAAACGACCACAAUCGAUUGUUCGUAACGUUCGAGUAACAAGUACAAAUCGAGUGUGAUAUCCAAGGACGAAAAACUGGUAUUCAGUUGUGUAAAUAAGCUUACUGAAUAGUGUUGACUGUUUUUGUAUGUUUUAUUUAAUGUUUUGGAUUAAAUGCGAACAUGUGUUUACUAUAUUGUACAUAUUUUCUCUCAGUUUAUAUAAAUUCCCGUGUGUUUCUUGUAAUUCCGAAAUUGACUAGGUUGGAGUAAAGUUGUUUUAUGUUGGAGUAAAUUUUCUGAGCUAUUUCGAGUAGUUCAGUCUGCAAUUACAUGUGCCCUUUUUUUUCGAAGCACUUACCUAUCCUUUUUUACUUGUGUACAGUAUUUAGUAUAUAUUCUCUCUAUACGCAAUAUGUGCACCGUAAGUGUGUAGGACUUACUGCGUUAUACAUUUCUCUGUUUGUAUAUAUGAUGUCUAAUCUGUUGAACAUACUAAACGUUGUAAAGAAAUUGUGUUAAUUAUAUUCAAUAUAAUCAUUUUUGUUUGUUUUUAUUUUUGAUAUUUUUGUAAAUGUAUCGAUUUUUCACUAGUGUAAAUACAUGCACCCCGUAUUGCUUUUGAUAGGUAUGGUUAUAUCGUGUUAACAUGUAUCAUACGUAUCGGACACUUUUUAUAUUGAAAAUGUACAUGUUCAGAGAUUGUACUUUUGCGAAUGACAUGUAAAACAUAUACCAAGAAAUUGUUCACAAUGCACUCAAUUUAUAAACAUAUAUUUGUGCUGACUUGUUUAUAAUAUGUUUUGAUGUAAGUUGAUUUAUUUGAAGUGUUUCAGUUGUUUGUUCGAGCAUGAAGACAUUGUCCGUUAUGCUUUCUUGAAUGACACGUGUACAGUUUCGAAUUGCUUUGGUAGAGAACUAUUGAACAUGCGUAACACUUCUGUGCUAAGCAUAUUGUUUUGAAAAUGUAUUAUAUGCUUUGCAUUAUAAAAAUUUUACUGAUGUACGAUUAAUGUAUCUUUCAAUGGUUUGUUUGGUCGAGUGUUGAUCGUUUAAAAUAACGCGUUUUAUUUAUCAUUGUGAUGAAUGGGGCAUGACAUUGAUAUGCCGACCUAACUAUUACAAAUGUACAUAUAUUUCCAUGGUUUUGUCUUGUAUGACCAACGCGAUUAAAAAAUGCAAAAAAUAGCAUUCAAAACUUUCACUCGUAAGCCUCAUCGUCGAUAAGUAAUGGUCAGCGGUUUAUUUGUUUUGAAUCUUCAUUCAGAACUUCCAAGUUAUUUAUUUAAGUUUUGUUUCACUUGAUGUUUGAUUGUUUGCAUUGCUUUUUAUGUAAAUGCGUUGCUUUUACGUUUUCUUAUCGAGAUAUAUUCUGUGUCUUUUCUUCUAUGCUUGACUAGAAACUUAAAAUAUACUUGUAAUGUAUUUUCGGUUUUCAAUGUACCGGUAACAUGUUAAAUGUUUUGUAUUUGAAGUAAUUUAAUAGUGUGUUAUGUACUUUUUCGAAGACAUAUAAAAUGCGUUGUGUAUAUGUUUUCCUUUUUAUUGCUUAAUAUUAACCUUCGAAACGUUAUUUAAAGCAGACAUUUGGCGGGGUUGUUUAGAAAGUAAACAGUUUUAUAGAAAACGCUACAAACGUUUUUAUACAAUUUGUUUAUAAGGCAUUAUCUCCUUAUAGCUGACAAAUGUGCCCUAUGUAUAACCAACUAUUUUACUAAAAUCUGAAGUAAAAAUCAACAAAGAUAAAUGGUUUUGUAUCAGCAUCUUUAGUUUGGGUUCAUAAAAUGUUUGAAUUGGGUAAAUAUAAUUGUUAUAAUUAAUAUGUAAUAUGUAUAAUCACUCCGUUUAUUUAGUUUGUAAAACCUGUAUUUGCAUUGCUAACAUGUAGCCAUACGAAAACAUACAUUAAGUUGGUUUGAAUAAGAAGUAUAACAUAUUUCAUGAAUAUUGUUAUGCAGUUGAUGUAAUGUAUGUGUUUAUUUUCAAGGGCAAUUUUUGAAUUCUAAAAAGACAUGUCAAUAUAUAUGGUGGUGAGGGCGUCAAGAUGAACCAUUCAAAUAUAAGUGUGUGGUUGUUCUGUUAUGUAACGCAAUUGAUAUAUUUGUUAAGUAGGAGGAGUGUAGUUGUCCACGAAUGUUUCAUUUAAUUUGUGUAUAAACGUUUACCUACAUUAUAUUGCAAUACUAUAAGGAUGAAUAAUUAGUAUUACAUUUCUUGAAAUAUUAAUAUAUUGGACCAUUACCACUUCUUUAAUUAGACUUUGAGAAUAACAAGAAAUGAGGUAUGGCAGACUAUUGUCAUCAAGUGUAUAAAAAUAAUAAAGUUAUUCAGAGAUGCCUUAAUUAAAUGUUAGUGUGAUGGUUUAUGUAUUUUACUUUAGAUUAAGAUAAAUACAUGAUUUUACGCCUAUGUAAUUGUUAUCACUGUUGCCUUCAUAACGUGUAUGAUUUUUUUUAAUGCAUACGAUCUUUGAAUAUAGCUAUCACGGUGCCUAUACCACGUGACUUUCGGAUCGUGUUGGGAGAAUAAAGCGCGACCCAGUUAACAUUUUUAAGGAUCUCUUUUUAAAUAUUUCACCAUUUUUAAUGGGAUAAAGUGGAGAGC